AUGGCCCAGCAAAGUUGCGUAUCGCUCCGGGGCUCGACAGCCUGUCCGGCCUUCAGUUCUGCAUCCGUCGAUACAAAUUUGACCGGCAACUUUCCUUUCCUCCAAUACGUGUCUGACACCCAGUCGUUCGACGAAGGUUUGGUCAACUACAUUGGCACCGGAUACGCGCAGCGGCAGUACGAAGACAUAUUGGGAUGCUCAAGCGUCAACCUCACUAGCACCACCAAUCUCUAUGCUCGUUACACAAGAACAGUCCUCUGUAACCUCAUCAUCCAAUCUUCUAGGACUGUAUGCGGACUCAGCGACACGGACGCAACUCCGCUCUGCGCAGGUGCUUGCGCCGAUUUUGCUAUCAGCGAACAAGUAAUCGUAUCAAGCCCGGACCUGUGCGGUACACCUGGUAACAAUGCAGUUCCGGAAAUUCGUUCCGACUUCGCUCGCUGCUCCAACCCUGCCAGCUCGCUCAGCAGUAACUGCAUCGAUGCAACCAAAAACGAGCCCGACGAAUGUGGAUACCAAGGUAACCUCCAGGGAUUGUGCCUCUUCUGUGGCUCAAGUACCGUCAACUCCACAGAUUCUUGCUGCGUCAAUGCGAACGUCGAGUCGCGCUGCGUAGGUGUCGAUCUGCCCACAACUGUUUCGAUGCCUCCAGUAUUCCCCUCGAGCACUUCAUCUGGAUCUCCAAGCUCCACAGCAGGCGCAGGAUCUGGGGGACGCGAUUCCGGUUCUGGUCUUUCUGGAGGUGCCAUUGCUGGCAUCGUUAUAGGAUCACUCAUCGGCGCCGCCCUAAUCAUUGCAGCUAUUGUCUUCUGCUGCAUGCGAAGGCGGCACCAAAAGAAUAGCCAGGCUGGUAGCGUCUUCAACACGCCAUCCCCUUCGCGACACCAAUCACCCAAGGCGGGCAUUAUUCCACCCAUGAGCUAUGGGGGCGAUGGUCAAACGCCCGCUACUAUCCUCCCAGGCGCCCGUGUUCAACGUAUGUCGGCCUUGGAAGGAUCGUCAUCCUCAGGCCCCAGUGAUCGAGGCGGUCGUAUGACUGCAUACGGUGGCUCUCAACUUGGUCCCUAUGAUUCACCCGAAUCCAUCCGUGGCCAUCUUGCUGGUAACCUCCCUAAACGACAAGGUUCUUUAUCGAGCCACUCCGCUCUAGGAGCAAGCUCGUCGCCACUCUCUGGAUCUGAUCAGACGCGUAACUUCUCGAGUCCAGAUGGUGUCGCUUCCGGCCAGUCUGAGCAGUUGCAAUUUUUCAAAGACUACUACUCUCAGGACGAUAUCCAUCCGAACGAUACUGUCGCCACUCUCUGGGCCUACCAACCUCGUGCCGGCGACGAGUUCGAACUCGAAAGAGGAGAUAUGCUCAAGGUUGUCGGUAUAUGGGAUGAUGGUUGGGCGACAGGUGUAAGACUUUCCGAGACGGCAGAGCAGUGGGAGGCACGAAAGGCCGAGCAACGCGACUCGGGUGUAAGCAACGGAGGCCGACGGUCACCCGUUGAAUCUGACAACGAGAUCAAGGCUUUCCCUCUGGUCUGCGUGUGCUUGCCACAGCACUGGAGGAAGACCAUCGAAGGCGACAGCACAGACUCUGGCGGACAUGGGAGUGGAGGUGACCGCAUACCUCCAAGCCCUUAA